AGCCAGAAUGUCAAAAAAUGGCUGUAUUGGAUAUGGUCCAGUGGAGAAGCCCUUCUCUUUUCCCAAGAAAUUUCCAACGCCUUUUCAACGAGCAUGCUACAAAUUCUACAAUUCUCUGGAUAAUCGGCUAUGGCCAGUGCGACCACCAUAUUUUAUCGCCGGAGUAGCUUCUCUUGGAGCUAUACAAGUAAAAUAUGGAGCGAUACCGUUGUUCGAUUUUAUACCAGAAUUUAGCAACAGAGCUGCCGAAUGGGCAAAAAUUUGCAUCCUAUCUCUAACUGGAACUUAUAUUCCCAUCCUGCUGCUAAGACAAUUUCUCAGUUCAUUCUACUUUUCCUACAAAGGAUUCCUUUUCGAAAAUCCAAAGAAGCCGUCACUGACUACAAAACUAUGGGGAGUUUGUCGCAAGCUCCUCUCCAUAUCGCCUCCUAUUCUGAAAUCCUGUGAUAGUCUUCUGCCCAGCCCUUCUGUACCCAAUCUGGAGAAAACAAUUGAGAAGUACCUCAAGUCUGUCAGAAAUAUCUUGAGGAAAGAUGAAUACGCACAUGUCGAGGAGCUGGCCCAAUCGUUCUUAGAAAAUGAAGGAAAACGCCUGCAAAAGUACGCAUGGUUAAUGUCGAUGACGUCAAGUAACUAUAUCACUCCGUUUUGGGAGAAAUAUGCGUAUCAUUACAAUAGGGAGCCCCUUCUCGUCAACAGCAGUGUAGCUCACAUUGACCUCAUUGAAAUUCCCGAGCAUCGACGUGCAACUAGGGCUUAUAUGGCAGCUCGUGCAACUUAUUUUGAAUUUAUGUCUCAAUUGGCUAUCGAUCGGCAAGAGAUCAAACCGUUGGGCGAUGGUCUACUCUGUGCUUGCCACUAUGAUAAGCUUUACAGUGUUUGCCGUGUACCUGGCGAAGAAAUAGAUCAUUUAGAAAAUUACGGUAUUUCCAAGCAUGUCGUGGCCAUAUUGAAUGGAUGCUUCUACAAAGUCACAUGUUGUGAUAAGAAUAAUCGUAUCUACAGCAUUGAUCAGCUAGCUAAAAUUUAUGCGGAACUCAUCUCACGAAACGAUGCUGUACAGGGUCCUGAGAGCAUGGUUGCUGCAUUGACAACUGAUAGACGCGACGAAUGGGCUCAAAAUCGAGAGAAGUUCUUUGUCAACCAUCCAACAAAUGCCGCUACAUUACAUGAGAUCGAAUCAGCUGCCUUUAUUCUCACAUUAGACGACGAGGAGUAUAGGAAAGAUCCGAAUAGUGUGGACGAACUUUCACAUUUUCUUUGUAAAAUGCUCACGGGGAAUGGUGUGGAUCGUUGGGCGGAUAAAUCUCUGAACUAUUUGGCAGCGAAGAAUGCAAGGUGUGGAGGUACUACCGAACAUUCCAUAGCUGAUGGAGCAGAAUUUGACCACCUUAUGGAAAACUACGCGACUAACGACAUUUUGAUGAAAUAUGCCUCACUCGAAGAACAGCGUCAAAUUGAGCAAUUAAGCAAAAAUGAUCGCGAUAUCAUUCUUGCGGAAAAAUUACCUGUGGAAGUUAACGAUGAGAUGAGCACAGCUAUCCAGAGAUGCUACGAUCAGUACUCAAAGCUGAGGGACGAUGUUGACUUAGCAGCAACUGUUUUCAAAGAUUAUGGCAAAGGAUUUAUCAAGAAAUGUGGCUUAUCUCCAGAUGGGUUCGUCCAGAUGGCUAUUCAACUAGCUAAUUACAAAGAUCAAGGGCGUUUCGUGCUUACAUACGAGCCGGCUUCGGCAAGAUUUUACAAAAACUCGCGUACGGAGACUCUUCGGACUGUAACUGACGAGUCCUGCGAGUUUGUUUAUGCAAUGAUUAAUGGAAAUGCAUCUAAAGAAGAAAAGAUCAAAAGGCUACGAAUCGCAUGUGAGCUGCACGUCAAUAGGAAUAGAGAAGCUAUGGUCGGAGGAGGCAUCGACCGACAUCUCUUCGUCCUUUAUGUGCUUUCUCAAGGAACCCUCAUCUCAAGCCCUUUUCUUGAUUUUUACAUCUCCCAGCAGUGGCUUCUGUCUACUUCACACGUCCCAGUGGUCACAAAUCAACUAGACGAAGAUGUGGAACCAUGGCGAACAUGGAGUGGAGCAUGCUUUGGUGCAGUAGCAAAGAAGGGUUACGGUAUAUGCUACCGAUUCGGCGGUAAUCACACUAUUCUAGCUCAUAUCAGCAGCUACAAGUCAGCUGAGAAUACGAGCUCUGCUAAAUUUCGCGGUCACCUCGAAGAAGCCUUCAGAGAAAUGGCAGAACUUUUUGGAGCAGCUAGCUGAAAAUUCUGGUCUGGUCCCGGCCUGCAAGUCAAGAACCUUUGGAACUUUGCUAUAUGUACGUAGUCGAUCAACCUAAGCUAAUCAGGUUUCUUCAUCUGUCUAAUCUGUUACUGGUACGGAAUGCCACUUACUUUCAUAGUCAACAAUUCAUACUGG